UUACUUAUUUUCGAGUAACUUCAUUGUCUGAGGUUACAAAAAGGUCAAAAGCAAGUAACUCCGGAGUUGAGAAAAGCACAAACAGGUUGAAUGUCGAAGUACAAAGAGUGUCCUCUUUUAAGACAUUAAAACGUCCAGUUAUAAACAAGAGAAAUGAAAAUAAAGGUUUCGAACUAUUUUCCGGACCUAGUAAACCAAAACAUAAUGGAUUGACUUUAGACGAUUUGCAAUCAUUGACGCCAUUUAAAAAUGGCGUCGAUUUAGUGACGCAAGAAUCUGUUGCUGAACUGCAUAAAACUACACCCAAGUGUUCAUGAAGUAUUUUUUUCCGGAAGUGACGAACGAUCUCCGAAUAACCGACGAAGAUUUACGAGGAUUUCCGAUUCACAGCCUUGCAGUUGCAGUCAUAUGCGAGGCCAUUUCAAAAGGAGAUGAUCCGUACAAGUUUUACUGUAUAAUCGAAAAGAAUAACUUGGAAAAUGUGCUGACUGAAUUGUACACUAGUGUACAUUGGAAGAAAUUGGGGUUCUCCAUGUACUGCGCUCUGUACCCGUCCGUAGUGAGAGACGCACGGACGAACAUCAGUUUGCAAGACUUCAUUGACGAUGAUGGGCCGGAGUGGGCGGACCGUAUUAUUGAGCUCAUGACGGAGCCCUCUUGGACGAUGGGAUGGGUGCAAAAAAUGGUCCGCGGUCAUGUGACAGAGGAGGAAUACAACAUGGCGAUGAACACACUGUUCGUCAAAUUGCACAUGUUGGACCCGCAGCCUGUCAUUCCGACCUUUCAUCUGCUGAAUCACAUCCGAGCUCUCCCGGAAUGCAACCUAGAGCUGGCCAUCCGGGACUACCUCGGAGGCCCACUGGACGCUGCGGCACUCAGCGCGCAUGAGCGGACGGCCGUAACAAAGGAGACCAUGCCUAGCAACGGCACGUCGCGCAUGAGCCUCGACAAAAUCAAAGUUUUUAACGGCAUUGACGUCGAGGAGUUUAUAAUGACGGAAGCACGUAACGUCGGCGUCUGGAACGGGCGACGUCCCGACAAUAAAAGAACUAGUGACCUCCAGGAUAGAUGCAGCGUCAUGUAA